ACAAAAUAGUUGAGCCAUUUGAAAAUGGCAUCUUCUAGAUCUUUUUCUUCUUUGCCAAUUUUCGUCGUUCUAACAAUAACCACCAUAUGCAUGAUUUCAAGUACUUCUGCCACAACAACAAGACCCUUCAAGAAGAUCUAUGCAUUUGGGGACUCAUUCACAGACACCGGCAACACCAAGAAUGCCAACGGCCCAAGCGGAUUCGGCCACGUGUCGAACGCGCCGUACGGCAGCACCUUCUUCAACCAUUCCACAAACAGAUACAGCGAUGGAAGACUUGUCAUAGAUUUUGUAACUGAAUCACUCUCAAUGCCGUAUUUGCCGCCUUACAAGCACUUGAAGAAGGGUAAAAAUGACACUUUUGGUGUUAACUUUGCUGUUGCUGGUUCCACAGCAAUAAACCAUGCAUUCUUUGUGAGGAACAAUCUUUCUCUUGAUGUUACCCCUCAAUCUAUACAAUCACAGCUUAUUUGGUUUAACAGAUACCUUAAUGAGAGCCAAGGAUGUGAAGGAGUAGAAUCAGGGUGCACUGAUUUCAAUGAGACACUAUUUUGGUUUGGUGAGAUUGGAGUGAAUGACUAUGCUUACACUCUUGGAUCCAAUAUUCCUGAUGAUACCAUAAGGAAGCUAGCAAUCAGUAGUACCACUGGAGUUUUGCAGAGUCUGCUUGAGAAGGGUGCCAAGUACAUUGUUGUGCAGGGUCUGCCACUCACUGGUUGCUUGCCACUGGCAAUGUACCUCGCUUCGCCGGACAACAGGGACGACAUAGGAUGUGUCAAAAGCGCUAACAACCAGAGCUACAACCACAACCUUGUGCUGCAAGAAAAGAUUCAAGAGUUGAGGAAACAGUACCCUGAAUCCAUCAUAGUUUAUGCCGAUUACUGGAACGCGUACCGCGCCGUAAUGAAGAACCCAAGCAAGUAUGGUUUCACAGAAGUUUUCAAAGUGUGUUGUGGAUAUGGAGAACCACCUUACAACUUCAGUGUUUAUGCCACGUGUGGAACACCAAAUGCCACUGCAUGCAUUAGCCCUUCACAUUACAUUAAUUGGGAUGGUGUUCAUUUAACUGAGGCAAUGUAUAAGGUUGUUUCUGAAAUGUUUCUGCAGGGGAAUUUAACACAACCUCCAUUCAAUUUUUUGUUGGAAAAAAAAGAGAGGCAGGGGUGAGGGUGAUCAAUGGUUCAUCAUCAUCCAAGAAUGCUGUUUGGUAUUCCUUAUUAGUCCUAUUGGCUUUGCAGUGUUUGCUAAUGUAACUAUAAAUUGAGAGAAUCUAUUCGUAUCUUGUAUAAUAUUUUUCCUGCUUCAAAUACUUAUGUCCGUAGCAGGAUUAUUGGAUAUCAAAU